AUGGGUCCGAGAUGUACUCGCUGGAGAAUUGUUCUCUUACUGAUAUCCUUGUCUGCUGUGCUAACUUCGUAUAACUGGAUUGCUGAUCCUACGCUGCGCUCGGUUUCGUUGUGGGAGUCACUGCAAAGUCAUCCAGUAUUCAGUGUGAGCGUGCCGCUGUUGUUCAUACUCUUAACAAGCGUUCGGAAUUUCACAGAAGGGUUGUCGAACCAUCAAUGUAAGUCAUUCCUCAACUUAUUUUGA